AUGAAGGUUUUUCUUGCUUUCUUGUUGAUCCUCGCGGUUUCGGUUUCUGCGAAACUUUUCGAUGAUCGUUGUACUUAUGAACAAGAAGGUCGAAUCUUGGUCCGCUACCUCCUUUACUAUUGGGGAGUUUGUCACAAUGGAAUAAUCUAUACAUGUGGAAGUGGUCCAGGAGAGCCAGAAGAAACUCGGCCUUUCUGUUUCCGCCGUGGUCGUCCCAGUUCACCGACUAAAUAUUGA